GCGAGGCGGCCCCCGCGCCCCUGCCCCCGCCCCGCCUCGCCUCGGCGCGGAGCGGAGCCGCCGCAGCGACAGCGGCGCCGCUCGCGGGAGCUGCAUGUGCGCGGCGGCGGCGGCGGAGGAGGAGGAGGAGGAUGGCCGUGCUCAAGCUCGCCGACCAGCCUCCACUGGUCCAAGCGAUUUUCAGUGGUGAUCCAGAAGAGAUUCGGAUGUUGAUCUACAAGACCGAGGAUGUCAACGCCUUGGAUGCUGAGAAGCGAACUCCUCUUCAUGUUGCAUCAUUCCUUGGGGAUGCAGACAUCAUUGAGCUUCUCAUUUUGUCGGGCGCUCGCGUUAAUGCCAAGGACAACAUGUGGCUGACUCCUCUCCACCGAGCAGUUGCUUCACGGAGUGAAGAAGCAGUGCAAGUACUGAUUAAGCACUCAGCCGAUGUCAAUGCUCGGGACAAGAACUGGCAGACCCCGUUGCACGUGGCUGCUGCAAACAAGGCAGUGAAGUGCGCAGAAGUCAUCAUUCCCAUGCUGAGCAGCGUCAACGUCUCCGACCGAGGUGGGCGGACAGCAUUGCACCAUGCAGCUCUGAAUGGCCACAUUGAGAUGGUGAACUUGCUGUUAGCCAAGGGGGCAAACAUCAAUGCUUUCGAUAAAAAGGACAGAAGAGCUCUUCACUGGGCAGCGUAUAUGGGUCACCUGGAAGUUGUUGCCUUACUGAUUAAUCAUGGUGCAGAGGUGACUUGUAAAGACAAGAAGGGUUACACCCCACUUCAUGCAGCUGCAUCCAAUGGACAGAUUAAUGUUGUGAAACACCUCCUUAACCUGGGGGUAGAGAUUGAUGAAAUGAACAUUUAUGGAAAUACUGCACUUCACAUUGCCUGUUACAAUGGUCAGGAUUCUGUUGUUAAUGAGCUGAUUGACUAUGGUGCUAAUGUAAAUCAGCCUAAUAAUAACGGAUUCACUCCCUUGCAUUUUGCUGCUGCCUCCACUCAUGGAGCACUGUGUCUUGAACUGCUAGUGAAUAAUGGGGCAGAUGUUAACAUUCAGAGUAAGGAUGGGAAGAGCCCGCUGCACAUGACAGCUGUCCAUGGGAGGUUCACGCGGUCACAGACCCUCAUUCAGAAUGGAGGGGAAAUCGACUGUGUUGAUAAGGACGGUAACACUCCUCUGCACGUGGCUGCAAGAUACGGACAUGAGCUUUUGAUUAACACCCUCAUAACCAGUGGAGCUGAUACUGCCAAGUGUGGGAUCCACAACAUGUUCCCUCUACACCUAGCAGCCCUGAAUGCUCACUCAGACUGCUGCAGGAAAUUGUUGUCAUCGGGCUUUGAAAUAGACACCCCUGAUAGUUUUGGAAGAACAUGCCUCCACGCUGCCGCUGCAGGAGGUAAUGUUGAAUGUAUAAAACUCUUGCAAAGCAGUGGAGCAGAUUUUAAUAAGAAGGACAAAUGUGGGAGGACACCUUUGCACUAUGCAGCUGCAAAUUGUCAUUUCCACUGUAUUGAGACACUGGUGACAACCGGAGCCAAUAUUAACGAAACAGAUGACUGGGGGCGCACCCCUUUGCACUAUGCUGCUGCUUCUGACAUGGACCGAAAAAGAAAGAAUAUUUUAGGUAACUCCCAUGAAAAUGCUGAAGAACUUGAAAGAGCCAGUGAGAUGAAGGAAAAAGAAGCUGCGUUGUGUCUGGAGUUCCUUCUACAGAACGAUGCCAAUCCAUCCAUCCAAGACAAAGAGGGGUACAACACUGUGCAUUACGCUGCUGCAUAUGGGCACCGGCAGUGUUUGGAACUGAUUGGAAGCAAAACUCCAUUGGAUAUACUUCUGGAAAAAACCAACAAUAUGUUUGAGGAAUCAGAUUCUGCAGCUACGAAAAGUCCUUUGCAUUUAGCUGCCUAUAAUGGUCAUCACCAAGCCUUGGAGGUACUCCUCCAGUCCCUGGUAGAUCUGGAUAUCAAGGAUGAGAAGGGACGCACUGCUUUGGACCUGGCUGCAUUUAAAGGGCAUGCAGAGUGCGUGGAAGCUCUCAUCAGCCAGGGUGCUUCGGUCACUGUAAAAGACAACGUCACCAAAAGGACCCCACUGCACGCUUCAGUUAUUAAUGGUCAUACACCCUGUUUACGGUUGUUGCUAGAAGUUGCAGACAACCCUGAUGUGACAGACGCCAAAGGACAAACCCCCCUAAUGCUUGCAGUGGCAUAUGGGCACAUUGAUGCUGUUUCCUUAUUACUUGAAAAAGAAGCAUCUGUAGAUGCAGCUGAUCUCGUGGGAUGCACAGCUUUACAUCGAGGGAUUAUGACUGGGCAUGAAGAGUGUGUUCAGAUGCUGUUAGAGAAAGACGUAUCUAUUUUAUGUAAAGAUGCCAGAGGCAGAACACCUCUGCAUUUUGCAGCAGCUCGGGGUCAUGCCACUUGGCUGAGUGAAUUACUGCAGGUAGCACUUUCAGAAGAAGACUGCAGUUUAAAAGAUAAUCAAGGUUAUACACCGCUGCACUGGGCUUGUUACAAUGGUCAUGAAAAUUGCAUAGAGGUACUAUUGGAACAAAAACUUUUCCGCAAAUUCCAUGGUAAUAGCUUCUCUCCGUUGCACUGUGCCGUAAUCAAUGAUCAUGAAAACUGUGCAUCACUGCUUAUUGGAGCCAUCGAUGCCAACAUUGUCAAUUGCAAAGAUGACAAAGGAAGAACGCCCCUUCACGCAGCAGCCUUUGCGGAUCAUGUGGAAUGCCUCCAGCUCCUCCUGAGUCACAGCGCCCAAGUGAAUGCUGCGGAUCAUGCAGGGAAAACACCUCUCAUGAUGGCAGCUCAAAACGGUCACAUAGGUGCUGUAGACUUCUUGGUGAACAUUGCUAAGGCAGACCUGACAUUAAAAGAUAAGGACUUGAAUACAUCUUUGCACUUGGCUAGCAGUAAAGGUCAUGAAAAAUGUGCCUUGUUAAUACUUGACAAGAUACAAGAACAGAGCCUUAUUAAUGCAAAAAAUAAUGCAUUGCAGACACCUCUCCAUAUUGCUGCACGUAAUGGCUUGAAGAUGGUGGUUGAAGAGUUGCUAGCCAAAGGGGCAUGUGUUCUAGCAGUAGAUGAAAAUGGUCAUACGCCAGCCCUGGCUUGCGCUCCUAACAAAGACGUGGCUGACUGCCUGGCACUCAUUUUGGCUACCAUGAUGCCUUUUUCUCCUUCCAGUUCAAUGACGGCUUUCAACUUCGCUUGUUUUAAAAAAGACAGUUUGGGCAGGACACAUCUCUGCGAUGGCUCCAGUAUGGGUAGCAUUAACUCUUGUAAUAAGCCCUUGAGUAAUAACAUAGGAACAGAGGAUGGGUACAAUGAAAAUGAUUCUGAUUCUGAAACAUUUUGACUUUGGUAUUCAAAACUUUUUCUUUCCUUAUUGGUUCCUUUCAGCUUGUUGUUUUGGUCUUUUUAAACAGCUCAGAUCCCACUGCUAUAUUCUUAACUAUUACUCUUGACAAGUAGGUAUUGAAAGAUAUGUAGUGUUGAUGAGAAUUAAGCCUUUAAAUAACAAAGGGGAACUUACUGGAAUAUUAUUCCCAUUAAUGUUCUGCAGCUUUUCAGCUUCCUCAUGUUUUCCUUAGGCCCUAAGUGCCCCUGUGGAAAGUCUCUACCUCUUAUUUUAAGUAAAAAAGAGAAAAUGCCUUUUUCCUUUUUGACAGCACAAAUAAACAGGGAACUGUUUGUAAAAAGUACUUACAUAUUUUAGCUGUAACGUUAGUACACAAACAUAUUUUCAAUGUAGCCUUCAUAGAUUUCAAGCAUUGCUCCUUUCCUCUGUUUGUCUGUUUACUAAUUCCAGGGGCUCUGAUAAUUAGAUAACUUCUUUUACACAAACCAAAGGUCAAGUUGUAAAUCCUAAAAUUGCCUGUAUUACUUCUCUACAGGAAAAAAAAUUACAUUCUGCACGUAUUAAGCACUUAAACGUACAGAAAGCACUUUUUACAGUUAUUAGUUGCAGCAUGCAAUUAGAAAAAAGUAGUUAUAAACUCUUAAGGCCAAAUUCUACUUGUCUCACCAUGUUUCCCCACUGACAUCAGUGGAACCACUUGUGAAAAAUUAAAAUCACUUGCCCCCUCCCUUCCCCUUCCGCCACCCUCUCCCCCUCCCCUCCCCCCCUGCUUUUUUUUCCCAAUUCAGCACAAGCGUGUACAGUUUAUUUGCACUACAGAAUUAGGGUCAUUAGAAGUUUCUGUCACCUGAGCCGUUAACCAUGAAUCUAGUAUCAGAAAAAGAAAUCAGGUGUAGACAAAGGUGUAUGUAAACAUUUAUGAUGACAUGCCAACUUAAAUAGAUUUAAAAAAUUAUUUUCUAUGCUUAAAUAACCAAUUUUUACUGUAAACGAUAUCGUUUUUUAACGUAAUUCUGCCAGUGUUUGGAUUAACAGAGUAGAGGUAAAACAAUGAAAGCAUAACACCAAAAGUUGAAAUACCAAACACGAGAAAACAAAAAUGUACCAUGCACCAUGCAGGGGAUCGGAGAUGCAUGCUAAAAGAGCCUAUUGCCACCAGCUUUGAAAGCAAUGUCAGCUUGUGAAUAUGUUUACUCCUUCUGCCAAAGUUUCUAGGUCAAACGGACCCCGACCCUCAUCUGCAACAGAAGUACAAAAGGAAGAAUGAGACUUUAUAAGCAAAAACAAAACAAAACAAACAAAAGCCUAUCAUGAACUAACCAGCCGUACCAAGAGGACCAAAAUGCUUCAGUGAUUAAAUGGAAGACUUUAUUACUUUUAUUUUUUUUCUUCAAAUGUGAGUGACAUAAUGAAGUAGUUUUCUAAAUCAUAAAACUAUAAACUUUUGAGGUAAUGAGUAGUCUUGAGUGAAUUUUACAUUUUAUGAUGCAGGUUUCAAGUUGACAUUUGUAACUAAUUAUGUGUUGACCACAGUUUGUUUUUUUCCAGGACUAAGGAAAAUGUUCAUAUGCUUUUAAUGUAAAUGUGUUUAUAUUUAUUUGAAAUGAAACAAAUACCCAGGAAAAAUAACUAUGGCUUUUUCUCCUUGUUAGUAGUUGUGCAUAUUAUUUUGUGUAAUGCAAAAUAAAAUGUGAAUCUAGGCAAGACUGAUGGCCUGAGUGGAGAAAGGAAGGACUGAUGCACUUCAGAAGUGUGCCCAUCUUAAUCUGUGGAAUGUAAAGAUGGAAGUCCAUAGGCUAUACUGGUAAAAAGCAGAGAGCAAAACACCUUUCAUCAUCAUUUGAAAGUGUAAGAAAGGGAUCCGACACCUUGCUAGACAGGUGAGAGAACACUGUACAACUACAGUAAAGUUAUAGAAAAGGUAAUGUAGCAUGGAGUUAAGGUGUUACAAGUUCCAGUGAUUCACACUCAGGAUAUCUGCAGGCCUAAAUCCGUGCUGGGAGAAUGAGAAGAGCUUCUUCCUGAGUGCAUGCUUUCAUCAGGGUAAAUGAAAAUAAGGAUUUCUAUUUUAGUUGUAGUUUUUAGCCAUGUUCCACUGAAUUGUUUAAAAAUAAUAAUAAUCGUCAGCAGAUUUCCAGUUCUUCAACUGGAAAAAGCACGCAGUGUUUAUUUUGCCCUGCUAAAAUUACACAUUGUUUCCUUGAACAUUAACAAAUUUCCAAAAUUUGCAACGAACUUCCUAAGGGAUAGUGUCUAUGAAGGUAAAGGUAUGUUUUUCCUCAAUCCUAUCUUUUCAGCAGCAGAACUGACAGAGCACCUGAAACCCUGGUUUUCUCCUCAGAAGUAGCACAGGAAACAUUUUUAUGAUUGACUUUUCUCGAAGUUUUUCAUGUAAAACCUGCAGAAUAGCAAUAACCACCUUAUUGUAAGCACUGAAAAUAAGAGGAGAGACCAGUUGUUAGUUUUCAGUCAUGUGUUUAGAAAUAAAUGGAAAUCCCAAGUUUUAGUUUGUUUGUUUGUUUCUGUGUAGAAUGACAGCAUUUAAAACAAACAAACAAAUGAGAAAUAGCUGCCACCUGCUCUAACAGCAGGAACAGCAUUUUAAUUUUAUUUCACCUAGAGAUUAAAUAUGUCUAACCCUGAAAUAAAGUUACGCUAUCCUACAUGAAGUUGUUUCAUUAGGAGAAAACAAGUGAUCUUUACAAGGAGAAUAUUGUAUUAUUUCAAGCAGCCAUUUUAUACAAAUCAGUGUUUUACUUGCUACCGUACAGAGUUACUGAAAAUAUUUUGUAAAUUUGCAAUACCUUGUAACUCUGGUAACUGUGUAGUACAACUGCUGCCUUUUAUGAUGCAUACAACGUUAUAGAAGCAUAGGUGAUUAUCAAAUAACUUUGCUCCUUCUGGGAAUCAAAUUUAAACUUUACGGAUUAAACUUCUCUAUAAACUAGCAAUGAUGUAAGUUUGCAGUAUUCCAGAAAUCCUAGAAAAAUAUGAUUUGUUAGCAUCUUAUGGGCAUUGGGAAAGCCAUGUUUUGAGUAUGGUGUUCUUAGGAAAACCGUCACAAGCAAGACAUUUGGAAGUACUCAGUAUCAGCCUGUCCCCAGAUCUCACCACAAUCCCUUUUCCUGUAUGCUAGUACAUUAACCUGUAAUAUAAUUUGUCACUUGUAGAAAUAAAUUUGUUAUUUAGGACAGGUAUUUAAGUAUGGGAAUAAUCUUACUCAUGUAAAUAAUCACCAUGCCUUUUUGUGGACUUUUUACAAGGGUAGAUUUAAUCAUACAGAAUUGUUGCACUUAACCCUGGAUCCUGCAAUUUACAGUACAUGGACUACUUCUGUAUUUGCACCAAACAGUGGGUAUUUUGUGAGGGGCAGCAGUCUGCCCAGUUUUAUUAGCAGGAUAGUUUUCAUCCUGUAUUUUAACCACAGUUGCAGGUGGAAUCCAUAGCAGGAUUGGGUCCCAUUCUCAUAAAUACUGAGUAAAAACCUCCGGACUGCCUGAAAUUGCUGUGAAAUAGCUCAGGGGAUUUCUGUUCAUUGCUACUAAAAGGGCACCAUAAUGUGUUUGGUACUUUUAUGCAGUAAACAACUGCCAGAUUAUUAAAUUAGAACAAACACAUGAAAUGAAUUGUUUAUCCAUUGUACUGUUGAGAAACCUGGUUAUGUAUCUUGAGGAUGACUUUUAAAAAAAAAUUGUGAUUUUUAUUCUUAGUCAUGUAAGAAAUAUUAGAGUGCCUUUUUAUAUUUGUGUAUUAUGGAAAUGUUUUGUGAAAGUUGUCUCUCUUUUUUUUUUUUUUCAUUUGAGUGUUAUAAAAGCAAUAUAUUACCAGUAAAUUUUCAUUUCAACUCUUCUUUGAAUGUAUAAAGUGUUUCUUCUUUUCAUAUGUUCUACCUGUAUUGAAAUGAAAAUUAAUAUGCUAAAUUUCUAUAGGAAUAAUGUAUAAUUUUUGCAGUGCUGAAAAUGCUUUCUUAUUACACAAAAAGUAAACCUUAGAUCAGUGUUAUAGGAAAGGGCGUUUUAAACUAGUGACAAUCUGAGUGUGUGUAUAAAAUGUAAUUUUAUGCGUUUCUUAUGCAGUGAUCUACAUAUUAAAGCCAAUAUCUUACGUUUUGUAGGUUUUGUCUUAUAUUUUAUGCUUUAGCAUGUGCAAUAUAUCUUUACAAACCAUGGUGAUACGAAUCUGGUGCCAGUGUUAUAUUUUGCAUACCAUUUGUAAUAAACAACAUGAAAUAUUGUUUGAUGGUUUCAGUGGGGUUUUGUCGGUGUUGUUUUCUUUUGUAAAUUGAAGUUUAAAGACUUGGUAAAUGUCACGUAUAAAAUGAGGAAAAAGACUUACUUCGGUGAAUGACUUGGAAUUCAGCCUGAAUCUUCUCAAGCACAGUCUAGUAACUUUUUUUCAACUACUGAAUGCCGUGUUCAUGUAAUGAAAAACCCUAACCUAAACUACUAUUGAGAUGCAUUCAGAUGGUUAUUUUUACAAAUAAAAAUGGUACAAAUACUGUUGGAAAA